AAAAUCCGGCAAGAUGGAGGAAGCCUGUGAAGAUAUAGAUCAAAUGUUCAGUGACUUAUUGGGAGAAAUGGAUUUGCUAACUCAGAGCUUAGAAGUGGAAUCCAUGCCUACUCCACCCCCAAAAUUAUCUGAUGCUGAAUUUAAUUUUGCAGUUGGCUUCAAAGAUUUAAAUGAGUCCUUGAACACAUUGGAAGAUACUGAUUUAGAUACUUUAAUGGCUGAUCUUAUAGCAGACAUCAGUGAAGUAGAAAAGACCACAUUACAAGAACCAAGGGAUACCUCUUACAAUGAGCAAGGUGCCAUUAUGCAGCCACCAGCAAAGGCUACUCCUACUUGUGGAACUCAGUCAGUGCUAAGUAAUAUUCCUCCCCAUGUUGAGAAUGAGUUACCAGCCCCUCCUGCAGAAAUGCCAAUGCUGCCACUAACCCUUCCAGCCAUUCCUCUGCAGCCGCUCACUCAGGAAGCACAAGAACAAGCAAAAGCUGACAAGAUUAAACUAGCAUUAGAAAAACUAAAGGAAGCCAAGGUUAAAAAGCUUGUUGUCAAGGUGCACAUGAAUGAUAACAGCACAAAGUCUCUAAUGGUGGAUGAACGGCAAGUGGCACGUGAUGUCUUAGACAAUCUCUUUGAAAAAACCCACUGUGAUUGCAAUAUAAACUGGUGCCUUUAUGAAAUAUAUCCUGAACUACAAAUCGAAAGAUUUUUUGAAGAUCAUGAAAAUGUGAUUGAAGUCUUAUCCCAUUGGACUCGAGACACUGAAAAUAAGAUACUAUUCUUGGAAAAAAAUGAAAAAUAUGCUGUAUUUAAAAACCCUCAGAAUUUCUACUUGUCAAACAAAGGAAAAAAUGAAAGCAAGGAAAUGAAUGAGAAAAGCAAAGAAGCAUUAUUGGAGGAAAGCUUCUGUGGCACAUCGGUUAUUGUGCCAGAAGUUGAAGGUGCCCUUUAUUUAAAGGAAGAUGGAAAGAAGUCCUGGAAGAGGCGCUAUUUUCUUCUACGAGCUUCAGGCAUUUAUUAUGUCCCCAAAGGAAAGACCAAGACAUCCCGUGACUUGGCUUGUUUCAUACAGUUUGAGAACGUAAAUGUUUAUUAUGGUAUUCAGUACAAAAUGAAGUAUAAGUCCCCUACUGAUUAUUGUUUUGUCUUAAAGCAUCCUCAAAUACAGAAGGAGUCACAGUACAUCAAAUACCUGUGCUGUGACGACAAGCAGUCUUUACAUCAUUGGGUAACUGGUAUCAGAAUUGCAAAGUAUGGAAAGGCCUUGUAUGAUAACUACAUUGGUGCGGUACAAAAGGCUGAGUUAGCUUCACGUCUGGCAAAGCCAGGAAAUACUAAAUCCAUAGCUUCUGGGGGAUCAUCUUCAAAAGGUAGCACUCAUGCCAAUGGACAAAUCCCCCAAAACGUAACCCUUAAUACAGCAAACACUGCAGAAAUUGGAAAAUCUGGUGCUAUGCCAAAGAUACAUAAUGUUAAAAAACCAGAUGAUACCUUCAAUGUUAGUCAAGCAUCAUCCCUACCUGUACAACAGGUGAAACAGAUCCGCAAACCUGGUGGUUUGCACCCUCCUCCCCCUCCUCAAAGACGGUCUUCUACUACUGCUGUUUCAUUGGACCUACCCACCAUUGCUGAGAGGAAAAAUCCAACUUUCUUACCAAAUUAUGAAGAGUUUCCACCACCCCCUGAAUUUAUACCCCUUCCUCCAAAUUUGGAAGAUCUGCCACCGCCACCACCACCGCCACCACCGUCUCCGCCACUACCUGAAUACUAUGAAUCUCCUCCUGAUUUCACUCCCCCUCCCCCACCUUUUCUUGCUACUGGCAUGGGCUCUGCGGAACUACUGCCACCUCCGCCACUGCCCUUCCUCUCUGUCCCUGGUCUUCCUCCUGCAACCAAGAAGAAACCACCACCACCUCCUAGAAGACAAGAAGAAGGUGCUUGUCAGGUUGUAAGACCAAAACAAAGUGGAUCAAUUUCAAGGGGACAUGCUGCUGAGCAAGGAGAUUUCAUGUCUGAUCUAAUGAGAGCAUUGCAAAAGAAAAGGAGUGAGUCAUCAUGAACUAAGUAGGUUUAAACAUCAGGUGAUCUAAAGGAGUAUAUGCUAGAAAAAAUUAUGCAGACACAGACCAAAGGCUUGGUUGAGCUACUGGUU